GGUUGUGAGGAUCUGGAUGAUGAGACAGCGAGAAAGCAAAAUUAUUUCUUCAGCGAUGAAGAAACAGGAACUAUUGUGUCUAUUUUUGUUGUUCAUAUCAAUUGAUCUCAGUCAAGGAGUUACCAAGUGCGGAUGGAUAUUUCGCAAUAACCUCGUCAAUCCCUCAUUAUCACUGUUUAAAGCUAGCUACAAUCUUACUGCUAUCCCAAUAAUCAAUGCAACAACAGCUUGGUGCAUACCAGUCAAAAAUCAUUCACUUACAGUAAACCUAGGCAGCGUAACUAACAUAACAAGACUUGCAGUCCAGGGUGAAGAAGGAACAGAGAAUUAUGUCACUUCUUAUGAGGUUGAUCACAGCAAGGAUGGAAUAGUUUUUAGCAACAUUAAAAAUGGACUCAAACCCCAAUGUUCUGCGAAGGAGUUUUUUGGGGCGUUUCCAGGCUUAUCAUCAGGUUCUGACGUCGCAGAAACUAACCUUUCAAUCUCAUUCCGAGCACAAUACGUCCGUUUCCGACCGCAAGAAUCCGUAGGCGCACUUUGUACGAGGAUUGACAUAUAUGGCUGUCAAUCAGAUGAUGGUUUUACAAACUGGAGUCAAUGGGGUUCAUGUUUCUCCACGCCACAAACACCUACCAGUUGUUCACGAUCACGCACAAGAACAUGUGAAAACCGAAGCGAAGGUUGCAAAGGAACACGAAACGAAACUGAAGCUUGCCGGCGAAAUCUAUGCACAAGAGAAUGUGGGGAACUGGGCAUUAUUGACGAAAAUCGUUCGAUCAACGAUACUGCGUUCUUGGCGUCCACAUAUAAACCUGGUUUCGAGGCAUAUCGAGCAAGAUUGAAUGGUCUCAGUGCCUGGUGUGCCAGUGUAAAUGAUCAGAAUCAAUAUCUAGAGAUUGACUUUGGCGGUGAGACACAAGUCAAAGAAAUAAAGACACAGGGUUUAGAAAGGGGAAAUAAGUCUGCCUGGGUGAAGGAAUUUUUCCUGGAUUUUCGAAGAUCAGACGGAUCCCUGUGGGAAGACUACAGGGAAAAUAAUUCUGUUAGAAUCUAUGAUGGAAAUAAGAAUGGUUCAAUGGUGAAGACUUACAUCCUGGCUGACCCGCCAAGUGCACGCUUUAUCAGAUUUUAUCCCUUAGAUUGGCACGAAGAAAUAUGCUUGCGUGUCUCUGCCUCUGGCUGUAGAGUUUCACCGAUUUUUGGCGGUCCAGUCGCUGCUGACAAGGAAGAGGAAGUGGACGAAGCUUUCUGGAUCAUUCUGUGGAUUUUACUUGGCUUGCUUCUUCUGCUUCUGUUGCUCGGAUUAUUGUACCUCUGUUGUCGUUAUUGCCCAUGUUGUGCUUGCUGUGGCUGUUGUCCUUGCGUAAAGAAACGUAAAAAGAAAACAGACGGAGCUAUGAUGACCGAACUCACUGGUGAUGAAAUAGACGCUCCUCCCAGACCUCGGGUGCAGUAUGCCACCGGAGCCACACAGACAGAUGGUGGGUUAGCACAGCCGGAAACUGAAACACAGACUGUUGCGAUACACCUAGACGGAGAAAAUGGUCGUGCAGAUGCUGGGCCUGGUGCAGUGUACUUUUCUCGACGUGACGGGACUGAUAUAUCCGAGGCAAGAACCAACGAGGGUAUGCAAUCCUGGGAUGAUCAAACUCGUAUAGCUACGACAAGCGGCUUGAGUUCCAGCCGACGAGAAGAGAUGAUGUCCUCGGAAUCACGUGACAGAGUUGAUGGCGCGAGGGCUGCUGGUAGGGUGCGUGAUACAUCACGUGAACGAGUGGAAGAACAAAGAACGGCGUCAUCUAGAUAUGAAAGAGAAGAAUAUAGAUCAUCUGCAACUACAAGUGGAAGAGGGGAAUACCUUGGACGUUAUGAUGUAGAGGUGUCACAAACUCCCCUCGCUCCUCCGCCAGUUGUACAACUUGAGGUAACUCCAGACAUGACUGACGGAACUUGGCGAGUGGAAACUCUUGAUCAAGUCAAUCAAAGGCUAGCACACGACAGGCGGCAACAUGGUCUGAGUGAGCUGGAAUAUCAAGGUGUCAGCUACCGUGGAGUUAAUGACAGGAAUAGAUCAAAAUCGGUUGAUGUAUUGGAUACUAGUGAUAUCAGAAGUGGUGGGAUUGUUGUAAGACUGGACGGACUAGAUCGACGGGGUGGAGUGACUACCAGUAGUAAUAGUGCUGAUUAUAGAGAUUCUGCCGAAUACACAGUCCAUCUUAGAGAUUGUGCUCCAGAAGGCCUUGCGAGAUUAGAAGCCACAGAAGUAGAUUCCAGGACUGCGCGAGAUAGGUACCACGAUCAAGACACAUAUCGCGCCAGACAUCGAGCAAGACAGGAGCCGGAAGUAGAGACGUGGAAAGUCAAAAGUAUCCGUGGUCAAGCUUUUCAAGGUACAAUCAAUGUUGAUACUUCAAGAGGUCACGUGACUGGACAACCUUUCCAUUACCAGGCUCCUCUAUCACCAUCAUCCUCGGACAUUAGUAGUAUAAGUCAGUAUGAUGGAUCUUCUGUCAGUGAACAGUAUAACCAGAAGGAAUCAAAGAAGCAAUUUUAUAAGAUGUUCGAAUACUCGCGUGACUGAAAGACAACCAUACCAACCAGAUUUGACAAGCAGAGUGAAAUAAAACAUCUUCAGCUAGCCUACAAAAUUGGACCACACUAAGUAAUUCAUUGUAUAAAUCAUUUAAUGAGGAUAGUCAGUUUAUUAACAUAGAAAGGUUUUAAACAACUGCGAUAAAUGACGCAUGAUUAAUUGAAAAUGAUAAGAUUGAUUCGAUGUAACCAGGACUGUUUAAAAUCAUUGACUGGACAUGAAGGUGUAAAGGUCGAGUCAACACUAUGGAAUAAAAAGGCAGUUUGCACGGCUCAUCUCGACGAAGUUUAUCGGUACACGUAUCGGAGAGCAAAAAGUUAUUUUGAUAGGACAAUAAGGUAUCGUUG